GUUCACAUAACCUCAAUAUAGCCUUUUAAAGAGGAUAAAAUAACUUUUAAAAAUGAAUUUUAAAAAGGUUGCCGCUUUUAUGCUUACAGACACUGGAAAAAAAGUGUCCUACAUAACUGCAGCAGUUUUUUCGUCCGGUGCACUAUGCGCCACCUAUUUACCACAUACUUUACUUUUAGGCGAAUAUAAGAAACUUGUUCAAUUAUACAAGAAUGGUUUGGCAGUUCCACUUACGAAAGAAAUAGAAAGUAGGUUUCAAAAAGUUUUAGAAGUCUUGGAGAUGGAUCCAGUAGAUCGACAUCUAUAUAAACCAUUUCAUGUUUGUGGAUUUGAUGUUAUGAGUGCCGGUAGUUCUUUGAGUAAAGACGGAGUCAUUAUUGGAUUACCCAUUAACUUUUCUUAUGAUAAUCCCAGUACCAUUGAUAGGUCCAAAAUGAGGAUAAAUCACGAAACAAUUAUUUGGGAGACAGAACCUGCUCAAAAUCUACUGAAGGCCCUUGUUUUAUCAGAAAAUGCCCAACUAUAUGCAAUGGCAAGGGAAAUUUUAUAUAGGCAAACACCAAAGCCACUUAUAGAUACUGCUCUUAAUACGAACUUAGUAGUAACCACCUAUGCUAUAAGCAGGGUCUUAAAUGAAAAAUUCGAAUUUUAUGGAAGACCUCUUAGUCUAAGAUUAGCAAUGUACUCUUUGGUAGGAUUGUUCAGUAUUGGCGUGUAUGUGAUGCUUAAAGAUAUCACACAAGUAUUUUAUGAGGAUAAGGUGGAUAAAGAACUAAAGAAGAAAAGUAAAAUAUUUUUGGAAGGUGGCAAAGAGUUUUAUUCCAAGUUACUGGAGAGAAAUAAGGCACUUCGACAGCUAUUGGGAAAAGAAGGAGAAAGUCUUUAUAGUGUGUUAGGAAAUGAGAAUUAUCUAUUUAGAAAUAAACAUAUUCCACUUGUGCAAAGACUGUCGGCUUUUGAAAGUCAAGUUUAAUUUUGUAAUAUUUAUUUAUUGUUGUAAAUAAAAUAGUGUCUGUUUUUAUUUAUUUUUUAUGUGUUACUUUUACUCCAUAAUAUAUUAGGCCAAUUAAAGGUUUUUUACUUGACACAACUGUAU